AUGGAGGGCGAACUGCUGGGGAAGAAGCAACUCAGCCCCCCCAACAGGAGGCGGUGGUGCAGAUGCAGCACGACCACGGUGACGCUGCUGCUCUUCCUGGUCACCAACACCACCUCCAUCCUCCUCUCCUCCGGCGCCGGCGCCUCGGUCGUCCGCCGCUACGAGCCCGCCACCGUCCGCCUCUGGGACGACUCCGCCGCCCUCCUCGCGGACCUCAAUGCCACGCGGUCCGCGCUCGAGUCCAGCCGCGUCGAGCUCGCGGGCCUCCACGCGCGCCUCGGCACCGCCACCGCGCUCCUCCAGACCCUCCUCGCCGAAGCGCGCGGCGGCGAUGAUCAGCAGAAGGAGGAGGCGCCCGCGUCCGGCAACGGGUGGUGGGCGCGCGAGCUGGCCGGCGAGCUCAAGCUGGCUGUCGGGAACGCCACCGCCGGCGAGGCGGCUCUUGGCCACGAGUGCGGCCGCUUCCAGGACGAGCUCGAGCGAUACAUGGACUACAAGCCCGGCGGCGAGUGCCCGUCCGACGCGGCGCUCGAGCACUUGCUCAUGCGUGGGGGCUGCGAGCCCCUGCCUCGGCGGCGUUGCCGGCCGCGGUCACCGGCGGGGUACGUGGAGCCAGCGCCGCUGCCGAAGAGCCUGUGGUCAAUGCCGGCGGACGCCAGCGUCGUCUGGGACGCAUACCACCCGUGCAAGAACUACUCGUGCAUGGCGAGCCGCGGCUUGGGCUUCGACCUCCGCGGCCGGCGCGAGAAGGGCCUGUGGACGCGCGACGACGCCGCGCUCGCCUACUCCGUCGACACGGCGCUCGCGGCCAAGCCCAAGGGCACGGUGCGCAUCGGACUCGACAUCGGCGGCGGGGGCGGCACGUUCGCGGCCCGGAUGCGCGAGCACGGGGUGACCGUAGUGACCGCGACCACCAACACUGGGGCGCCGUUCGGCAGCUUCAUCGCCUCGCGGGGGCUCAUACCACUGCACGUCGGCCCGGCGCGCCGCCUGCCCUUCUUCGACGGCACGCUCGACGUCGUACACGCGGGACGCGAGCUGACGGGCGGCUGGAUGGUGCCCGGCGACGGCGUGGCGCUGGAGUUCGCGCUGUUCGACGUCUACAGGGUUCUCAGGCCCGGGGGGCUGUUCUGGCUGGACCACUUCGUGUUCCCCGGCGCGCAGCUGAACGCAACGUACGCUCCAAUGCUUCACCGCGUGGGGUUCAAGAGGCUGCGGUGGAACGCCGGCCAGAAGCCGGACGGCGGAGUGGAGAAGAACGAGUGGUACCUCUCGGCGCUGCUCCAGAAGCCCAUGACAUGACUCGGAGACUGACUUAGGCAAGAACCUGAACCAAACAAACUGUAAUCUGGAGGCUGAACUGUUUUUCGCAACCGAAGUACUGCUGGGCGGUCUG